AUGGAAGAACAGUCUGUUUACCAAUUAGCUUUGAAAUGUGCAGAAAGAGAGAUACCUGCUGCAGAAUUCCUUAAUUUAUAUAAGGAGUUCUUUAAUGAAAGAUUUUCCAAGAAUAUGUCAGAGAACGACGAUUCCGAGAUUAAUGGAUCUAAUAUGGAGGAGGUAGCCACUACGCUAUCAUUAAAUUUCGAAGAGUUAUUGAAUACUGGAAACUCUUACCUUCUGGUCGACUAUAUCAUUACGGUUUUGUUUGUCAAUUACAACUCAGAUCUUGUUCGUGUAGCAUUCCCGAAACUGAUUACGGUGGAAAACAAUACCAUGCUCAUCCAUUUUUGUUCCAAGCUGUGUGCAUUCCUUUCUCAAUUAUCUGACAAAUUAGUAACUGACCAGCUGUGUAAGGAUCUACCCAAUGUACUCAUUCCUAGUGUAUUGAACGCCGAUUAUAGAAAUUCAAGUAAUGAACUGCUUGUCUCAUUUGCUAAAUUGUUACAGAGAUUGCUAAAGUUUAUAACGACCCCAAUUACUAUUCAAAAAGAUAACGCAAGAGAACAUUCUCAUGCCUUAGUUGCGCGAUUGUCACACAUAAAUAAACUGCUUCACAAGAGAUUGGGCCAAAUGAUCGAUAGUAAGUUAAUUUUCAAAGAUUCUAAAGUGAAUGUGUUCUUUAAGGAUCCUGCCCAUGAAUAUAUCCACUCACCAUCUCUAACUUCCCCUCAAUUUAUUUCAAGUCCAAUGUCUAUAAAUAAAACUCCCAUGUCUACCACAUCGACGAGCAAAUACAAAGAUAUGAGGUUGCUACGUUAUUAUAAGAAUAUAUGGCUAAAUAAUAAGAUCCAUAAUUGGGAACCUAUAAACUCAGACUUCCUUUCUAGGUAUGCGGCAAUAUCACCAACAUUAUUCCAGGAGGGGAUCCCGUCAUCGCAAUCUUCUGAUACCCUUUUAACCGAUUUAGUUGAAACCUCAUUUACAUGUUUUGCUCAAUUUGUUAGUAACAAGCAAUAUCAUCAAGUGAAUUCAAACUUAAAUCUUUUGGAGCGAAAAUGGGUGAUUUUUAUUUCAAAACAUCUGCCAUUAUUAAUCCUAAAGCACUCAUCCAAAAAUCCACACGUAAUUACGAAGGCAUUAGAUAAUAUUGAUGAUAAAGUUAUCAAAGCAAUUAGAACAUAUUAUUCUGAAAAAGAUGACAUCAAGAGUAGGAAUGAAGAUCUAUUUGAUGAUUAUUCGACAACCAGCCUAGAUAUUAGACAUGAUUUUAUGAAGUCAUUAAUAAUGCUGAAUCUUUUAACGCCUAACGUGAUAAAUGACUAUCUUAGAGAGGAUGAAACAAUUGAUGUCAAAACAUUGGUUACAUCAGAUGAUUUGAUCAUAAAUAGCUCUCAAGGAAUAAAAGAAUCAAUUAAGGAUAUUCCAGCAUUUGUAUCUAACGAAAUCAAUUCAUUAGAAAUGGAAAUGCUAAACGAUUCUUCCACAGGAUUAACUAAUGGAUUAUAUCAAGUACUGACAACUUUCGAAUCUGUGGCCCCUACAAAGCAAAAGGAUAUUGCAAUAGGAAUAGUAAAUCUAUUAAAGGAAUCCAUAGGUAAUUCGAAUUAUGAUAAAAUAACAAAAUUAUGUGCUCUUUUAUAUUUCAAUUUUGGCCAUUCCUUUACCACAAUUCUAUCCUUUGUGGAUCCCUUGACAAUCACAGAAUUGUUAAUAAAAUUUGUGGAUGACUCAUGGGGCACAUCAUCUAAUUUGAAAACUGAAAUGUCUGAUGAUAAUAGCUACGAAUCAAAUAGUAAGGCUUUGUCGAUUGGCUGGGGACUACUAUUAUUAAUUGUCUUAUCCAAUAACUAUGGCAUUUCCUUACCAGAUGUUGCAUUGCAAUCGUCAACCAUUUCAUCAACUAACACAUUCUCUAUCCAAUUCGUCUCCAAACUUCCAGAAAUCUUAGAUACCUACACGAUUGAUGAACGCAAUGAAAGAGACCCCAACACACAGUCAAAAUCUCAUAAACUUGUCCAAAGCUGGCUAAGUGAUCUUUUUGUCAACGGUGCCAUUUCAGAUGAGUUAUCACAAAACACUCAAACAGGACAACUUUCUACCCUGAUCCCUUUUAUCAUAAAACAAGUAUUAUUGGCUGCUGAACUAGGUUUUGUUAGUGAUCCUUCAAAUCUCUUGACAGGAUUCGAGUAUUUUCUACAACCUUAUAUGCUGGUCGGAUUAAUCAAGGUGGUUUAUUGGUUAGAACAAUUCUUAUCCGGAUUGAAAAAUAGGACAUAUCCAGAAGCUCUAAUCCAGACUAUGUUUACUUUACUGAAUUCUAUAUUGAAUCCCUCUACUUUGAAUGAGGAAUCAAGAACUUUCCAUAAUGCAAUUUUACGCCUAAAUGCUGUUCCAUUAUUGAAAGUAGUAAGAAAAUUCCGUUCGAAAAAUGAACCAAACUAUGGUGUUUAUUAUUCAGAGAGUGAAUCUUCGGCUACCGUGGGACCAUUAAUCGAUAAACUUGUUUCUGUACUAAACAUGGGAUCUAUAUAUAACGUGGAUUCAAGGAUAAUAAAUACAGAAACAAUGUAUUCUCAAACAAAACCUAUAGGUUACGGAAAGUUUUUAAUCUUAGACGAGAAUCCAAUAAAUAAGAUAAUGACUAAUCAAAUGAAUUCAUUUUGGAAUUUACACAGCAGCACCUUUUACAACUUAGACUAUCUCUAUGAACUAAUCGAUUUGAUAACUCCUAAAAAAUUCUUCUUUGACGUCUUCCAAACCUUAAAAUAUAAAUCAAACACCUACGGUGUACCAGUUAUGAGGAAUAAAAUCUCAACAACGGAAACAGAACAUGUCAUGGAUUACUUCUUUUACUUUUUGGUCCUUUAUGAUGUAAGGUCGCCCGAUGAUGCUGCAAAGUUUAUCAAUUUCAUGGAUACUGAGGGUCACAUGGAUACCUCACCAGUCCAAAGUGAAGUUCAACUUAAAACUGAAAAUCCACUCAAGACUGAAACGUCACAAGAUGACGAUUUUGAUAUGUUAUUUGGUGAAAAUGAUAAUGAAACAAGUGCUCAAGAACCUGAAGAAGAUAUUCAAAUUCUGACCGUCGAACCCAAGGUGAAUGAGAAUAAUGAAAUGGCCAUUUUGAAGAGAAAUUCUUUUGGAAGGAUAAUACAUGAAUUGAAAGUUGCUGAAGAAGAAGCUUAUAAAUCAGGAGGAAUCCCCAAGGAGAAGUACGAGGAAACUUGUCAUUAUCACGAGAAGUACUUAGCAUUAUUAAAAGGUUGUGUUUUCUAA